CGGGAUUGUAUCCAUACUGAAAUCCCACUAAUGUGGUCACCUUGUGGUUUUUGCCUUUAGUAUCCAUGCAUGCUCAGGAAGAGGUACAUCCUCUAGCCUCCACUGUGUAGGUGUGCUUGAAGAGGUCCCUGCAGCACUUGAAUUUCUCUACUAAACCUUGCUUUUGCAUUUUGAUGAGUAUCAUAACUUCACCAGUCAGAUGGAAAAUAGUCAACUUCUCAUGAAGAAAGCAUGAGUUAAAGAUAACACCAGACUUUGAAUCCAGGAGAAGAGUACUGCAAAACCAAGGGGCAGAGAUCUGGACCAAAUGUGUGAUCCUUCACCAAAUUUGAAACUGUGGAAAGGAAUAUUUGCAAAAGGAUUUGUUACUUUGUGUGAUAUAUGAAGAUUAAGGUAUUGGUUGACUGCAGCUUAAGAAGUAAUCAUGGCUAGCAAUGUUUUAUAAGUUGGUUUUUACAUAAUUCCUUUUAUAAUUUAUACUUUUAUUUAUGUAAUUCACAUAAUAUUUUUUCAUGCAUUGGGCAGCUUUUUGUUACUUUCACAAAAAAAAUGUAAGAAAAAGUUAAUAGAGUUAACUUUUCAAUUUUAUCUUAUAGUUUAGGACACUCAUUCCAGGACUUCUUGACCUAGUGACUUUAUGUAUGAGACAGGUCUCAAUGAUAUGGGCUAAUCAUAUUUUGGAGUAUUAUGGUUAAAAAAAUAAAUUUUCAUUUUAAAUAAAUUAUUAAUUAAAGGCAAAUUACUUGGCAUACUUGGAUCUUAAGGACAAGCAUUAGAACUGCAUCUAACACUAAUUCUAAUGUAUUCAUAAGGUUGUUAUUAAAAAUUAAUAUUACAUUAUUAUUAGCAUUAAUACAAAAAGGGCAGAAUAAAAAAUGUUCAUGUUUUAGAAUGCUCAGUGUAUAUUGUUCAUUAUUAAUUAUAUAAUGUCUCAAGUAAUAUUUCUGCAGGCCUUCAAAAGGUAGUUUAACUCCCAGGUUCAGUCACAUGAGAUAUAUCUGUAGGCCGCUGUAGGAUUUGGCUCAGGAAUACCUACUGGGAGUAUGUUGACUGAAUGGUGCUCAUGUGUCCCAAUAAAACAAACAGUAUGUCCUUUUCCAAAGUAGAGUUUAACUCUGUAGGUUUGGCAAAGAAGUGUCUCAAGAAGGAGAAGUACAAGAUUUACUCCAAACACUGAUGUAAGAGAAUGGGAGAUAUUCCAGAUCUUGAAUUUGGUGCUCAAGGAUACCACUGGAUUCUGAACACACAGCUCCAGGUACAUAUUUGAGUAGACCAUGGGCAAAACCCCAUGGAGCUCACUGAUUCUACAGGCCAUAUUGAUCCUGCUCCUAAACUCCAGUCAUGCAAGGGCAAAUGACCUGGAUGAAGUAAACCGAAAAUAUUUGAUAAUUAACUGGCUACCAAUUAGUGAGAAGGAUGCACUGGAUAUUGCCAAUAUUGCCUACAAUCUGCAUAGUGAGGAAGCAAACAUCAGCAAAAUAAUAAGCAACAAACUUCUGAUUUCAUAUAAUAUAGCUCUUGGUGAAGUAGAACUAAGACCAACAACAUGUACCCGCGCUGAGUCUGUCCUAGAUGAAUGUCCUUUUAAAACCAACCUCGAUCGGAUUCAAGACAAUAAAAAUCUAAUUGGAUACUUGAAAUGGAGCCUAAGAGAAAAAACAUGCAGCAAGUUCCUGUCUGAACUGUCCAACUGCCCCUUCAGUGAACAUCCAGAUCACCAGAAGAGAGUAUCCUGCUUUUUCUGGAUUUUCAACUCACCCUUCAAUAGAAAUGUGAAUUCCAUAACAUUCAAAUGCCAAAGUAUCUGAGGUUGUGAGAAUGGCUGGGCUGUUUUCCCCAUCUUCUACAUGUUUCUUGAAGAACUCCUUAACUCAGAUGGGUCCAACAGCCUCUAGGGAUUUCACUCCAUUGUGAAUUUUGUGCAUUGUUGAGAACUUUCCACUUUUUCUUUUCUUCUCUAUUCCUUCAUCUUCACUAUUGCAAGCUUCACAAGGCCUGCCUGUGCUUUGCUCAAUAAAAAUAGUCAUUGAAUUUUGA